AGCUGUCAGUGAACACCUCCCCUGAAUGUGUGUGUGUGUGUGUGUGUGUGUUUAUUGACUGAACUCACAAUCAGUCAGCCGAAAUCACCAGCACUGCUCAGUACAUCUGCCACCAUACUGCAGCUAAACGGACAUUAAUAAGGUGUCUUUUGAGGCAGUUUUUAGAACUUUUUGACUAAAGAAUGUCCAAAGAGGCGGACAGACAGUCGGUUUUGCGGACCGCAAAGGUCCGCACCGCUCUGAAAGGAGACAACAGCUGGAUACAGAGACGAGCGCUAGAAGAUCUUGAGAAUGAGGAGGAGGAGAAACCAUGGAUCGCUGAAGUGCGAGCAAACCGCUCAAAUGGUGAGCUUGAAGAAACAAGUUCUGUUUCCUCACCCACGGCCAAUGCGCCCCAGCCCAGAUCUGACACAGACAAACCAAAAACACCUGCACCUGGAUACUUAAUCAGGGGGGUAUUCACAAAAACUGAUUCCAAGCCAACAUCAGCUUCAUCCACCAAUGGAUAUGUUGGAAUAAAUAGCUUCAACAAAAAGCCAUCUGAGAGUUACAAGAAAAUAGCCCCCCACACAAUUCGGUCCAGCAGUGAAAAGACAGUGCAGUCUGAACCAACUCUGAGUCCGGACGAAAUGGAAAAGAGGACAGAGGCAGCCAGCAUUGUACUGAAGGGAUCAGCAGCAAAUCGCCGUUCAUACGUAAUGUCAGCUGCAAAGAAAUACGAAUCUACAGAGAAGCCUGACAGCUCUGCUGAUAUGAGCACUUCUUCCUUUGUUGCCAAAAAGGUAGUUAUCAGUGAUGAUGAUGACACUACAGCAUCUGUUAAGUCUGUGCCUGUGCAAAGUGUUAAAUCAAACCCUGAACCAUUGGUGAAGGAGGUCAAGCCAGCAGCACCUGAAACUAAAUCUGCACCUAAGCCUACACCUGAGACUAAACCUACAUCUGAAACAAAAACGACAAUUGAACCUAAACCCACAAUAGACUCUAAACCAGCACCUGAAACUAAGCCAGUGACUGAAACUAAACCUACAACACAAACUAAAAUAUCAACCGAAUCUAAUGCCACAUCAGAAUCUAAACCACCGCUAGAAAACGCAACACAGCCUAAAACAGCAUCUGAGCCUAAACCAGCUUCACAACCUAAACCUACACCUGAAACUACAACAACAACUGAACCUAAACCAGUGGCUGAAACUAAACCUACAGCACAAACUAAAACAGUAACAGAACCUAAACCCACAUCAGAACCUAAACCAGUUGAAACUAAACCUACAGCACAAACUAAAACAGUAACAGAACCUAAACCCACACCAGAGCCUAAACCAGUUGAAACUAAACCCGCAACAACUGAACCUAAACCAGCAAUUGAAACUAAAACAGCAACUGAAACUAAACCAGUUGAAACUAAAACUUUCACACAAACUCUAACAGCAUCCGACCCUAAACCCACAUCAGAGCCUGAACCAGUUGAAACUAAACCUACAACAACUGAAACUAAAACAGUUGAAACUAAAACUUUCACACAUACUAUAACAGCAACCGACCCUAAACCCACAUCAGAACCUAAACCAGUUGAAACUAAACCUACAACAACAACUGAACCUAAACCAGCAACUGAAACUAAAACAGUUGAAACUAAAACUUUCACACAUACUAUAACAGCAACCGACCCUAAACCCACAUCAGAACCUAAACCAGUUGAAACUAAACCUACAACAACAACUGAACCUAAACCAGCAACUGAAACUAAAACAGUUGAAACUAAAACUUUCACACAUACUAUAACAGCAACCGACCCUAAACCCACAUCAGAACCUAAACCAGUUGAAACUAAACCUACAACAACAACUGAACCUAAACCAGCAACUGAAACUAAAACAGAAACUAAACCUACCACACAAACUACAACAGCAACUGAUCCUAAACCCACACCAGAGCCUAAACCAGUUGAAACUAAACCAACAACAACUGAACCUAAACCAGCAACUGAAACUAAACCAGUUGAAACUAAAACUUUCACACAAACUAUAACAGCAACUGAUCCUAAACCCACACCAGAGCCUAAACCAGUUGAAACGAAAACAGCAACUGAAACUAAACCAGUUGAAACUAAAACUUUCACACAAACUAUAACAGCAACUGAUCCUAAACCCACACCAGAGCCUAAACCAGUUGAAACGAAAACAGCAACUGAAACUAAACCAGUUGAAACUAAAACUUUCACACAAACUGUAACAGCAACUGAUCCUAAACCCACAUCAGAACCUAAACCAGUUGAAACUAAAACAGAACCUGAAGCUAAAUCUGCAACUCAGCCCAAACCAGCACCUGAAUCCAAGCCUGAACCAGUUCCAAAGAAAAGCCUGUCUGACACCCUGAUAUCCUUCAGCACAGAGCCUGCCAGUUCUGGCCAAGCGGAUCUGGGAGUAGAUCUUCUCAGUCAGGAUCUGCUCACAGACAGCAGUUCUCUGCCUCAGACGAAGAAGACACAUAAAACUCUGGACCUGCUCGCAGAUGAUCUCAUUCCCUUCAGUACUUCUACCACCAGCUUAGAUGAUGAAUUUGAUCCAAUAGCAACAUCGAGUGAGCCCACAAAGAGCCCUCACUGGUACGGUCCUCCUAAACCGGACUCAAGGUCCACGGAUACAUUCAAUCAUUUUCAGCAUCCUGUGGAUUUGGUUGCUGAUAUGCCACCAGAUGUUCUGGUUUACUUGGCUGAAGAUGUCAUUCCAGUUGAUCCUAAACGUGACUGGGAGACAAAAAUGGAAAGUUACAAAACCAGCAUCAAAACGGUGGAGAGUUCUGUCCAGGAGAAGUUACCAGAAUCUGACUCCAAGAAGGGCUUCGUCUAUGUUAAGGAAUAUGUGGAUAACUCACGUCUUGAUGGCAGCAGCUCUGACUAUGUGUCAUCAACAACCUCUAACUACAACUACAGCAGCCCCAGCUACUACUCCAGAAGAGAGACGACUCCCUGUACAUACUGUGGAGAAAUGGUGGGAAAUGACGCCAAAAUCACCAUUGAGCACCUGAACAUAUCCUGUCACCCAUCCUGCUUUAAGUGUGGUAUUUGCAGUAAACCAAUGGGAGAUUUACUCUACAACAUGUUUCUCCACCGUGGGACGGUCCAUUGUGAGAGCUGCUAUUCCAAUGUGCUGUAAGGAGAUCUGCUUACACCGCCUGAAAUAUCCCUCAACAGUAUGGCCAACUUGAAUGAAUAGGAAUUAGACUCGUUACUGACACGAAACACAUUCCUCUUUAUUUUGAAUAUGUGCAUAAAAAGGUUUUCUUGGGCCAGGAAUGCUUGUUGCAGGGCAUCUACGUUUUUUUUUUUAGAUUCUGCCGCGUUAAAUGUUUAGUCAAGAUGAUAAGAAUUUAUAUCUGUGUUUUAUUUAAUCAUCGGAAACCAUUUUAAAGAAAUGAUUUUACUGUUUCAGUAGCAUUGUUCUGGAAAUAUGUAUCCUGCAUAUUCACAAUUAAAGACAAAUUCUCAUCAAUAAA